AUGCUAAGUUCUGAACUUUCCAGGGAGGUGUUACUAAGUUUAGCAUUCGAGUGGAGAGAUCUCCCUGUGCUUAUGUUCCUUUUGGGCUUAGAGGAUGAGUCUUGCUUUGGAUUUUAUAUACCCUAUACAGCUCAUGUGCUAUUGGUUGACUUUGCAUCACCUUUUAAUGAUGAAGUAUGCAGUAACAUACAGUCUUGUUUAGAGCAGUUUUUUGCACUUGUUUGCAGUUUAGCUGGACCUCCAAGGAUACCUUACUUUGGUAUAUCAGCCCUUCAUCGAUACUCAGAGUGUCUUCUUCCCUUACAAAAUGUGAGAGGCAACUUCCAACAUAUUUACAAUGCAUUGUGGGAGUUAAAAACUCUGAAAGCUGAUAUGCAAGAAGGGCAAAGCACAACUUCUUUUGGUCAGGCGUUAAAAGAUGCUAUUCUGCAGUUUAAUCGGCAGUCUCAUAUUAGGCAGAUGAGUGGAUUUAGUACACAACUUGAAGUUACUGUUUUGUCAUGUCAGCAUGCUGAUGCAAUUGCUCGCAAAAUAGAGGCCGCUGCCCAGAGUAUAGAAUUGGAAGUCAUAAGAAAAAUUCAAUUGGUAACCUUGUAUAAUACCGCAUCUGGAGUGCCGUUGGAUGAGACUGAAAGUCCCGCAAGCACAGGAUCCAGUGAAGAGUUGGGUAUGAUUGACAUCUUGCAAACAACACUCCUGCCAAACGAUACAUUGAGCAUUGGAGAAUACUUCAAACACUGGCUGUAUGAUUGUGGAACAGACAGAGAGCAUCUUCACCUGUCAUUACAUGAUGGCCCAAAUGGUAGUACAAUGACAUUGAAGUGUGACCUACGAGAACAAAUCCUGAGUCCAUCACUACUCCCAUCAGCUGCAUCUUCUUUUAAUCUGCUGUCCGAGAUCAGUUGCAAAUCAUUCUCCAUUGGCAGCAAACAACAAAUUGCCUCUGUAGCUGUCAUACAUCUAGCUGCCAUUAAGUUGAUCAAAGCCAAUGGACUCUGUGAAUCUAUUGUGUUUGGGACGCCUUUUGUGCUGCAUCCUACAUUGUGUUGGAAAUUAGACUGGGAAGAGUUGGACAGCAAUCAACAGCAUUUCUCUGCUCUUUGUCAGCAUCUCCAUGAAAAGGACAUGGUUUUGCUGGCUUGCCACAAUACAACCUCAGCUGAGCAAGACAGCAGUCAUGGAGGAAGGGCACCAUCCCCUACAGGGUAUUUUUUGAUUCUACCAUCGCAUGGAUCAAGUCUCCUUGUGAAACCUGUAGCUAACAGAGAGUUACUUCUGCCACAAUCAUCCUCUAACAGAGUGGAGAAGGUUGUCAGUGAUGCUUUGGAAGCAGUGGGCUCUCAUCUGGAAAAGUUAGAAGUGUGUGAUGUACUCAAUCCACUUCUGUUCAGUUCCAAUUUACAUCAAACACUUAUGCCACAACUGAUGAAAGGGAGCUUGUGGCAGAAACACCAAAAACGCAAAAUAUCCAGCAAAGAUCAAAAUAAGCCAACUAAGGUGAUGGCGGUGAAAGGCAGAAGCAAAGGAUUAUUUCAGUCGCCAACUUCUUUGACAUCUGGUCAUGUGACUAAUUCUGCUAUCGGAGCAAGACCAAAGAAUUCAAUUGUUAGUUUUAAACACCAACAAUUUCCAACAGAGCUGUGAAGACUUCUGUCCACAAAUAUAUUUGUCUUCUCUUUAAAGCAUUGUGCAAAAAUGUUGACAAUAAACGAUUGUUAUAAGAACUUUGUACUCGCAGCAUUUUUUCCAUGGUGUAUUGUACAUUUUUUAAAUGUAAAGUAUUGCAAAUUUUUAAUGAGCAGGAAAAAUAGCCCAAUUUUGGCAAAAUGUAUAGCUCACGUUUUGUCAGAAUUUC